AUGAAUGGAAGUUAUACUGGGUCUCAAUAUCUUACUCAACGUUAUCUCUUCAAUGUUGUUAUCAGCACAUCGGAGUUCAAUAGUCCCUCUGCAGCUGAGGACAAGGCCGAGAUCAAGAAGAUGGCCGCAUCUGACGCCUUGAACCUAUGGUCGUGCUAUUUCAUACUUAACUGCAUACCAGAGACAGUCACUGCAGCUGAGAAGGCCAUCACACACAACGAAUCUGACCCAGAGCAUUACUUCCGAUUGGCUAUCUCCCUUCAGACACUCUGCAUGUUUGACCAGUCCAUUGCCAGGCUACAACAAGGCAUUCGCAUUGCCAACAGCCAAAACCUUGAAGUGAGGGAUCAGAUCAAGAAGCAGCUGGACUAUCUGCUUCACCAUCAACGACAGAACGCACUCAAUCGUGUUUAUACCCGCGAGAGGCUGGCUAACGACCCAACAUUUAGCGCAUUCCCCAUCUCCUUGGCAUGGGAAGGCGAUAAAGGUCGAACGAUUGUGGCGACCAAGGAUAUCCCCAAGGGCACUGUCGUCAUGCGAGUGGCACCCUUCAACAUAACGCCCAACGAUGACACCAUGCUCAGUCAUUGCUCAUCAUGUCUACGUAACAUCAAAUUUAAGUUAAAAUGA